AUGCGGGCGCUGGUUGAUAGCGCGUCACAAGUCAGUAUAAUCACCGCCGCGUGUGUUAAACGACUAGGAUUAAAACCGUCGCGCUGGACUGCGCCGAUAAGCGGUUUGUCUGGGACAAAAGUCGCCGAAGUCCAAGGUCGUGUAGAAUGCAUAGUACAGCCGAGGUUUGCGUCCGAUCCGGUGUUGCCUGUUCAGGCAUGGGUGUUGCCCACUAUAACAAGCGACUUACCGCAAAAACCAUUCGCCGCGUCUGUAAAAGACCGGUUCUCUAAUCUUGCACUCGCGGAUCCGUCAUUUCAUCUGACGUCGCCGAUCGACCUGUUAUUGGGAGGGGACAUAUACGGGUCUAUCAUGGACGGUCGAAAAGUGUCGAUCGACGAAACAUUACCUGCAGCCUUUAGCUCGGUGUUUGGCUGGAUUCUUAUCGGUCCGGUCAUUGACCGAGUUAAUCACUCGUAUCAGUCAUUUCCGAUUUGUAUGACCGCGUCCAUUGAGGGGAUAAUGGAGCGUUUUUGGCACGUCGAGGAAUCAGAAAUGGCGCCCGGCACGUUCACUAGUGAUGGAUGUUGCGAGCAGAUAUUUCAUGAUGAAAUGACGCGCCUGCCGUCGGGUCGUUUCGCGGUGCCGUUACCGUUCCGCGUAUCGGCUGAAACCCAAGUAGGGUCUCGCGAGAUAGCCGUGCGGCGUUUUGAUGCGCUCGAGCGAAAACUGUCCGCGAACCCGUUAUUGAGAUCAUUGUAUAUUAAUUUUAUGUCCGAAUAUAUCGCCUUGGGACAUAUGUCGGUGGCAACGUCUCCGGGGCGAUAUAUAAUUCCGCACCAUGCCGUCUAUCGCUCGGAAGUCGAUCCGCAUAAAAUUCGAGUUGUAUUCGACGCAUCUGCCCGAGGUUUUCGCGGACCGUCGUUGAAUGAAUGUUUGUGGUCUGGUCCUAAAUUACAGCAGGACAUUGUGGACGUCCUAACACGCUUUCGUGUACACAAGUUUACUUUUACGACGGACAUCUGUAAGAUGUACCGGCAAAUUUUAAUUCUACCCAAAUAUCGCGAGUUCCAACAUGUGUUGUGGCGCGCCUCGCCUCAUAAUGAAUUACGUGAAUUUGAAUUGAACACCGUCACGUACGGCGUAAACUGUGCCCCAUAUCUCGCCUUACGAGUUCUUAAAGUAAUCGCGUCUACCGAUUGCGACGGUUUUGACCGCGUACGUAACGCGCUCGAAUAUCAAACAUAUGUCGACGAUAUUUGUGACGGUGCAGAUACGAUAUCCGACGUAUUGAAACUUCAGUCGGAUCUAAUUUUGGUUUUGGGUAAAUCGGGGCUAGAAUUAAAAAAGUGGGCGUCGAACACGCCAGCCGUAUUACAAGCUGUUCCGGUCGCCGAUUGCGUGGGCGCACCUAUGACGUUCGGGGAUGACGACGGUUAUGGCACUAAAGUUUUGGGCCUAGCUUGGCACCCCGAUGAUGAUUAUUUCUGUUGUGCUCUAAGUCUCGAACCGUCGCCCGUCUUUACGAAACGCGGGAUUUUGUCUCUUGUCGCGCGCAUUUUCGACCCGUUAGGUUUUUUUGGCCCCGUCGUAUUUUUGGCAAAAUCAAUUAUGCAGCGAACGUGGCGACACGGCAUCGCGUGGGACGACCCGCUACCGGCCGACAUUCAUGCGGAGUGGACUUCGUUUGUUUCAGAAUUACCUUCGCUAUUAAAUAUUCGUGUACCACGACAUAUUAACGCAUACCGUGGCGCGCCUUGUUAUCUGUUAGGAUUUUGCGACGCGUCGCAGACCGGUUAUGCUGUCGUUGUAUAUGUACGCAUGUUGAACGUUGAAAUCAAUCGAUCCGUUUUUCUAAUUGGUACCAAGACCAAAUUAGCUCCGACGAAGUCAUUGACUGUUCCACGUCUAGAGCUGAAUGCCGCGGUAUUAUUAGCCCGUUGGUUAAAUCGCAUUAAAAAUAUAUUAUCAUCGCAACUCGACAUUAUCGGUCUACAGGCAUGGUCGGAUUCUACUAUCGUGCUGUCAUGGUUAACCGCCCCCCACGAAUCGUUUAAAAUUUACGUAUCCAAUUGGAUCCAUCAAAUUCGUUCUUUAUUACCUGAUUGUCCCUGGCAACACAUUGUGUCAGCCGAGAAUCCCGCGGAUUGCGCAUCUCGUGGCGUAACGCCGGCGACGCUAGCGCAGUUAUAG